AGUUGAUAGUUUAUGACAGUUCACAGAAUCCGCAGUAUUUGAUCUGUUAAUAUUGUUAUAGCCCUGUAAUUAUUUAUGAUGAUACUAACAAUUAUUAAAUAAAAAUGACUUAUGUGGUUUCACAUUAAAACAAUAUGAUAAGUACAAUUAUUUUCAUGGCCUUAAAUGUUGUAAGAGCCUAUAGUUUUUAAUCAUGAGAGCUGCUCUAUUACUUUUAAUUUUAAUUCAAGCAAGAGGAAAAUCAACUCAAACAUGUCCAAAGUAUUGUACGUGUAAAGUUGGUGCACAAGCAGAAUGGUUACGUGUUAAAUGCAGCAAUGAUUUGCAGGAUAUUAAAGAUAUUAAUAUUGAUAGCGUCAGUGUGGAAUUGGUACAACUGGAUUUAAGCAAAAACAACAUUUAUGCCAUUGAAAUUAAUAUAUUUAAAAAUUUGACAAAUCUCAGACGUUUGAAUUUAUCACAAAAUGACAUAAUAUCAAUUGGUGAAGGUUGUUUUAAUGGUCUUGGAAAUUUAGAAAGAUUGGAUUUAAGUAAAAAUCAGAUUUCAAAAAUAGAUGCUUACACAUUUAGAAAAUUGCCAAACUUGAAAAGACUUGAUUUAUCAGGAAACAACAUAACUGCAGUGAGACCAUCAUUAUUUCAUGAUUUGCUGAUUUUAGAGCGCUUGAAAUUGAAUGAUAAUAAGUUAACAACUUUAAAGGAAGGUACUUUUUAUGGUCUCAAGUCCUUAAAACAAUUAGAUUUAUCUAAUAAUCCAUGGAGAUGUGACUGUGAAUUAUACUGGCUUAGUAAUUGGAUCCAUAAUAGCUCCAUUAAAUUAAAUCCUGCUCCUAAAUGUGCAUCACCUACAAAUGUUAAAGGCCAAUUUAUAAAGAAAUUAAGAUAUUCAGAAAGUUUCCAGUGCCAAUGGUUAUCUCCUACAAUUGAACUUCGACCAGUUCACAAUCAAGUAGUAUUUGUAGGAGAUUCUAUAACUUUAAAAUGUAGAGCGCCUAGUAUUACAGAAGAUAAAAAUGCAAAAUUGAGUUGGUUAUGGUAUCCUAAUACUACUACUGAAAUUAUGGAUUUAAACGAAUUUACAGAUCCACAGAAAAGUUUAUCCAAUAUUAAAGUUGAUAAUAGAUAUCUUACAGACAGUGGUAUAGUGGACAGUUCACUUAGUAUUGUCCCAGUUAAAGAAGAACACAAUGGACAGUGGAAUUGUUUCUUAGUUUCUGUAAAUGGUAAUAGAUCAAAAACGAUCAGUAUAAUUGUUAUUUCUGAUAAAACCCGUUAUUGCCCUUUAGCAGUGACUAAAAAUAAUAAAGGUGUUUAUACAUGGCCAAGAACUGUAGUAGGAUGGAAAGCAGAAUUACCAUGCGAGGGCAACCAUUUAAGUUUAAUGCAAAUACCUUUAAAAGCUUCCUAUCAAUGUAAUAUUACAGGAUAUUGGGAAGAUUUGAACACAGACUUGUGUCCUUACAUAUCACACACAACAAAAAGUUUAGAACAGUUUUCUAAAGUUAAUCUAUCACUUACGAAAGUUAGUUUAAUAGAAACGGCAAAGAAAUUCAAAAAUUAUACAGAAAAUGCUGUACAAAUAACCGAUCCUGUUGAAAUCAAUUUUAUAACGCAAACUAUAGAAAAUUAUUUAAAUUUUAUAACUGAAGAAAAAGAGCUUGGUGCCAUAUUAAUUGAUGUUAUUGAUACAGUAAUUAAUGUACCAAAAAGUAUCUUAAGCAGAGCUGAAAUUUCUUUUAAAUCUUGUACCAGACUAAUUAAAAGUGUAGAAAAAAUUGUAGAAUUUAGUCCGUCUAUACAAUUUUAUAAAAAAGACAUAGCUUUAGAAGAAUUCAGAGUUAAACGUGGUAGUUUUACAGGGCUAAUAUGCACAUGGUAUUCCAAUAAUGAUCCAGAAAUAAAAUUUUUACAAUGUACUACAAAUAAUAGAACAUCUCCUAUUGAUAUAAAAGAUAGAACAGUUGAAGCCUCAAUACAUUUGCCUGCAUCCUUAUUACAACAUUCACAAGAAGCUGUCAUUCAUCAGUUAAUGAUUUCUAUGUACAGUAAUAAUAGAUUAUUUCCUAACACAAUUAACAAUAAUAAUAUGGAUAUUACAUCAUGUAUUAUUGGAAGUAAAUUAUUUGGAAUCUCAGUACAAAAUUUAACUGAACCAGUAUACAUCAUGUUAAGGCUUCCUUUGUAUUAUCAUACUGGGAAAAAACUGCUACCAGUCGUUUGGGACGAAACGUUAAAUGAAUCUGGUGGUUGGACAAGUGAGGGUUGUUAUUUAAGAAAUAUAUUAAACAAUUUAAUAAUAUUUCAUUGUAAUAGAUUGGGAUAUUAUGGACUUUUACAAGAUACAUCUUCACUUGAUCCAAAUGGUAACAGCCUAACCGGAGCAAAAUUUAAAUAUUCAAAUCCUGCAAUAUAUAUUGGAAGUAUUGCAGCAAUAAUAUGCCUAAUAAUUAUUUCUAUUACAUAUAUUAUCUGUUAUACAUCAAUCAAUAUGCCUAAGAAAGCAAAACAUUGUGUCAUUAAUACUUGGUUUGCCAUGGCCUUGUUGUCAUUUUUUUAUAGCAUUGGUAUUUAUCAAACCGAAAAUAUAAAAAUUUGUCAAGGUGUUGGUCUUACUCUUCAUUAUUUGUCUCUGUGUUCGUUGUUAUGGAUGGCAGUAUUUGCAAGCAAUAUGUACAAAAGGUUUUCUAAGCCAGAUCUUGAAGAUAUUCCAGACAGUGAACUUCAAGAUCAACCAAUACCCAAACCAUUACUAGGUCUUUAUUUAGUUGGUUGGGGUAUAGCUAUGAUUAUUUGUGGUAUAUCCGGUGCAAUAAAUUUGCAAGAAUAUGCUGGAUAUUCAUAUUGCUUUCUCACAUCUGGUCCUGCUCUGGUUGCUGUUUUUGUUCCAGCUGGAAUUCUAAUUAUAUAUUUGAUUGUUUUUCAUUUACUUAUUAAAUGUGCAAUUCAAAGUGUUGAUACAAACGCCCAAUUAUCAGAGGGUACACAAGCUACAGAAAAUAUGGAUUUAGAAUUAUUAGAAUCAAAUACAAAUCCAUCCACAGACAAGAAUAGUGUUCACAGUGCACAAACAGUUUUGACUGAUGUUGAAGAUUCAGAACAUUCUCAGAUAACACAAUUAAAAGGUCAGAUUAUUAUGUUAAUUUUAUAUUUGUUGUCAUGGAUUACUGCCGCAGCAGCUAUCACGAGACCGUUAAAUUCAUAUAUUCCAUUUGAUGAAACUAUAUUUUCUGCUCUAUACUCACUUUUUUCAAGUUCACUUGGCAUUUUUGUAUUUAUCUUUUACGGAAUUGCACGAAAUGAUGUUAGGUCGCAAUGGUUGAAAAUGCGUUGUUGGCUCCAGAAACGAAAACACCGAUGUUGUAGAACAAGAAGCAUUUCUGAUGCAAACCCUGUAAUUCCAACACAUUCUUUAGUACAAAAUUUUGUACCACCAUUGUCUAAUUCUCAAGCUACCCAAGUAACAUCUGACUCAAAUUCUGUUGGAUCAUCAAGAUAUACUAACAGAUCACAAAAUUGUAAUGCAUUUAAAUUCGCAGAUAUUCAAGAAGGUGUACCCGUUGAUAGAAAAAUGACAAAUAUGAAUUUAGUUGUAUUACAUCGGCAGCAAUACAGAUCUGAUAAUUCUGUCACAACAUAUAUUGAACCAACUUGUGUAGAAAUGUUUUACAACCCUCACCAAAGUGGAGUUGCUAGAAAAUUUUUUCGAAAGCAACGUCGUCAUACAAAAAAUAAUAAUUUUGGUAAUAGAAAGCAAGGCGAUGGUGGUGCUUUGAGCGAUGCUCGUAGUUGCAUUUCUGUGCCACAAGCUAUUACAAAAUUAGAAAGUAAUAUAAAUCAAACUAUUUUAAGCACUAGUGCAAAAGUCAAUAAUACGAAUAUUCAUGUUGAACUAAAUCCAAUAAAUGAUAUUAAGAAUGUUAACAUUCUCUCAGAUAGUGGUGGGAGCAUGUCAGAUGAAAAGAGUGUUACAAUGAGAUUUAUUAUUGGUCAAGAAGGUCUUCUUCAAAAUGUAAGGAGGUAUAAUAAUAACUGUAGAUUACAUGAUCCUAUAAGUGUUAACACAGUGUCGAACUCUCCAAGGAAUAAUUACAAAAAAAUAGAAAUAGUAAAUACAAUUUUACAAGAUUCAGAUAUAGACAUUAAAACUGAUGAAGAAAAAUAUUUACAAAGUGUUUCACAGCAAUGCAGUUUAGAAUAUAGUUCUGAAAUAGAAUCUAUCACUCAGAUGGCUAGUGAAAAGAGUGAUCAUAAUUUGCCAGAAAUUUGUGAGAUUGUAGAAACUGUAGAAGAAGAAAAUUUUGUAAUAAAAAAGGAUUGUCAAAGUGUAAAUGAAUUUCAUAACAUUGAAGAACAACAGUCUGAUGGAAAAUUAAAGUGGUUGACUCAUUCAAAUAGCAUGUACUGCCUUCCAGUGGAUACUGCCAAACGAUUAAGAAAUAAUUAUUGUAACUCAAUGAAUGAUAUCGCAUCUUUUACCAGUUCAAAGAAUUGUGACUAUUUGAAACUAUCAUUUACAGACUUGCAAAGUAUUAAAAGCUUGAAUUUGUAUGAUAGAAGUUGCCUAUCACAAAGGUCACUUAACAAAUCUGAUACAUGUUUUUCUAAGAUAAACAGCCUAACUAAUGAUAAUUCGAAUAACUUAAUACGAAGAAAAACAUAUAUUAGCUCUUCAAUGAAUAUUGACUGUGCCUCUAAUAUGUGCAGUAAACAAAAGACUGUUAAUUCUAUGACUGAUAUUACAUUACUUAUGCCUCACUCUUGCAGUAUUGUAAAAAGUUUUGACUCGAACAAAGAAGUAGAAAAUGUAAACAAAAAUACAAACGUAGGCAACAUACAAUAUGAAGUCAGUAAAAUAUAUUUAAGUAAUCCAAAUACUUAUUCACAAGUAGUAAAAAAAGAAACGAGCGUUUAAUCUAGUUUUACUUGCAUGCAAUACAUAAUGUAUUUGUAUAUUAGUCAAGAUUUCAUUCGAAAUAUGCAUAGAAAUAAUUUCUGAUAAUAUUUGCAUUUUUAUUACAUCUAGAAAACUAAUCGUCUUCUUCUGCCUUAUUAUUGUUUUUACAAAAAAUAGUUCCUAUAAAUAACAGAAAUUACUCAUUUUAUAAAAGUAUUGUAUCUGUGCUAAUCUUUUCUACUGUUUGAUGAGUAUCAAAAAUUUUCAAUACAUU